AUGUCAGUACAACAACAAUUAUACACAUUCUAUCUAUCUAUCUAUCUAUCUAUCUAUCUAUCUAUCUAUCUAUCUAUCUAUCUAUCUAUCUAUCAUCACUUAUGUCAGUACAACAACAAUUAUACACAUUCUAUCUAUCUAUCUAUCUAUCUAUCUAUCUAUCUAUCUAUCUAUCUAUCAUCACUUAUGUCAGUACAACAACAAUUAUACAAUUCUAUCUAUCUAAUCUAUCUAUCUAUCUAUCUAUCUAUUAUCUAUCUAUCUAUGUCAACUAAACUUAUUUUCAUUACAAAUAUAAGAAAUCUUUUUUCAUUAUAUUUUUAUUGCAUCACUUAUGUCAGUACAACAACAAUUAUACACAUUCUAUCUAUCUAUCUAUCUAUCUAUCUAUCUAUCUAUCUAUCUAUCUAUCUAUCAUCACUUAUGUCAGUACAACAACAAUUAUACACAUUCUAUCUAUCUAUCUAUCUAUCUAUCUAUCUAUCUAUCUAUCUAUCUAUCUAUCUAUCAUCACUUAUGUCAGUACAACAACAAUUAUAUUCAUCAUAUCUAUCUAUCUAUCUAUCUAUCUAUCUAUCUAUCUAUCUAUCUAUCUAUCUAUCAUCACUUAUGUCAGUACAACAACAAUUAUACACAUUCUAUCUAUCUAUCUAUCUAUCUAUCUAUCUAUCUAUCUAUCUAUCAUCACUUAUGUCAGUACAACAACAAUUAUACACAUUCUAUCUAUCUAUCUAUCUAUCUAUCUAUCUAUCUAUCUAUCUAUCUAUCUAUCUAUCUAUCAUCACUUAUGUCAGUACAACAACAAUUAUACACAUUCUAUCUAUCUAUCUAUCUAUCUAUCUAUCUAUCUAUCUAUCUAUCUAUCUAUCUAUCUAUCUAUCUAUCUAUCUAUCAUCACUUAUGUCAGUACAACAACAAUUAUACACAUUCUAUCUAUCUAUCUAUCUAUCUAUCUAUCUAUCUAUCUAUCUAUCUAUCUAUCUAUCUAUCUAUCAUCACUUAUGUCAGUACAACAACAAUUAUAACACAUUCUAUCUAUCUAUCUAUCUAUCUAUCUAUCUAUCUAUCUAUCUAUCUAUAUCUAUCUAUCUAUGUCUAACUAAACUUAUUUUGGAGUCACAUUACAAAUAUAAGAAAUCUUUUCAUUAUAUUUUUAUUGAUAUAGCAUCAUCUUAUGUCAGUACAACAACAAUUAUACACAUUCAUAUCUAUCUAUCUAUCUAUCUAUCCAUCUAUCUAUCUAUAUCUAUCUAUCUAUCUAUGUCUAAUCUUAUUUUAUUACAAAUCAUCACUUAUGUCAGUACAACAACAAUUAUACACAUUAUUCAUCUAUCAUCUAUCUAUCUAUCUAUCUAUCUAUCUAUCUAUCUAUCUAUAUAUCUAUCUAUCUCAUUCUAUCUAUCUAUCUAUCUAUACACAUUCAUCUAUGUCUAUCUAUCUAUCUAUCUAUCUAUCUAUCUAUGUCUAACUAAACUAUUUGGACAUCACUUAUGUCAGUACAACAACAAUUAUACAUUCUAUAUCUAUCUAUCUAUCUAUCUAUCUAUCUAUCUAUCUAUCUAUCUAUCUAUCUAUCUAUGUCUAACUAAACUUAUUUUGGAGUCACAUUACAAACAUAAGAAAUCUUUUCAUUAUAUUUUCAUUGAUAUAGCAUCACUUAUGUCAGUACAACAACAAUUAUACACUUAUUCUAUCUAUCUAUUCAUCUAUCUAUCUAUCUAUCUAUCUAUCUAUCUAUCUAUCUAUCUAUGUCUAACUAAACUUAUUUUGGACAUCACUUAUGUCAGUACAACAACAAUUAUACACAUUCUAUCUAUCUAUCUAUCUAUCUAUCUAUCUAUCUAUCUAUCUAUCUAUCUAUCAUCACUUAUGUCAGUACAACAACAAUUAUACACAUUCUAUCUAUCUAUCUAUCUAUCUAUCUAUCUAUCUAUCUAUCUAUCUAUCUAUCUAUCUAUCUAUCAUCAGUAUGUCAACAACAAUUAUACACAUUCUAUCUAUCUAUCUAUCUAUCUAUCUAUCUAUCUAUCUAUCUAUCUAUUUAUCUAUCUAUGUCUAACUAAACUUAUUUUGGAGUCACAUUACAAAUAUAAAUCUAUCUUUUUAUUAUUAUAUUUUAUUGAUAUAGCAUCACUUAUUUUGUCAGUACAACAACAAUUAUACACAUUCUAUCUAUCUAUCUAUCUAUCUAUAUCUAUCUAUCUAUCUAUCUAUCUAUCUAUCUAUCAAACUUAUGUCAGUACAACAACAAUUAUAACAUUCUAUCUAUCUAUUUAUCUAUUAUCUAUCUAUCUAUCUAUCUAUAUCUAUCUAUCACUACACAUUCAAAUAUAA